AUGAUGGAAAGAAUAAGAAAAGAGAUGAUCCUGAUGGAGAGAGGGCUACACAGCCCUACAGCUGGCAAAAGGCUCUCGAAUUUGUCAGACUCAGCUGGAAAUGCCGUGCUGGAGGCCCUCGAAAAUUCUCAACACAGUGGUCGCCUCAGCCCGAGACUAACUUCCGCCUCUCUGCAUAGCGCUAUAGGGGACAUCUCUGCCAAAGGAAAAUUUGAAAUAGACACUUUAUUCAAUCUUCAACAUCCGAGCAGUGAAAGCACCGUCUCGUCCGAAAUCCCUUCGUCGGAAAGCAGGAAGAAAAUUAGCCUUUAUUCGGAAGUUGCUCAAGAGGCAGAUAUGAACAGUGAUGUGGAGGUGGGCUGCUCCGCACUCCGCUCCCCAGCCAGCCUGACUUCCUCCCAGCUGAAGGAAAACAAUAACAAAGGCUACGCGGAGAGCAGCCCGGCGCCCAGCACCGCCGCCGCCGCCGCCGGCCCCGCCGCCGCCGGCCUGCACGGCCCCGGCGCCCUGGGCGCCUCGGGCUCGGGCGCCGACCAGGUGCGGCGGUACCGCACCGCCUUCACCCGCGAGCAGAUCGCCCGCCUGGAGAAGGAGUUUUACCGCGAGAACUACGUGUCGCGGCCGCGCCGCUGCGAGCUCGCCGCCGCCCUCAACCUCCCCGAGACCACCAUCAAGGUGUGGUUCCAGAACCGGCGCAUGAAGGACAAGCGGCAGCGCCUGGCCAUGUCCUGGCCCCACCCGGCCGACCCCAGCUUCUACACCUACAUGAUGACCCACGCGGCGGCCACGGGCAGCCUGCCCUACCCCUUCCACUCCCACGUCCCGCUCCACUACUACCCGCACGUCGGGGUCACGGCCGCCGCCGCCGCCGCCGCCGCCUCGGGUGCCGCCGCCUCGCCCUUCGCCACCUCCAUCCGCCCGCUGGACACCUUCCGCGCCCUCUCGCACCCCUACUCCCGCCCGGAGCUGCUCUGCAGCUUCCGCCACCCCGGCCUCUACCAGGCCCCCGCCGCCGCCGCCGGCCUCAACAGCAGCGCGGCCGCCUCGGCGGCGGCGGCGGCGGCGGCAGCGGCGGCGGCGGCGGCGGGCUCGGCGCCGGGGGGCGGCUCGGCGCCCUGCUCCUGCCUCAGCUGCCACAGCAGCCAGACGGCGGCGGCGGCGGCGGCGGCGGCCUCGGCGCUGGGCUCGCGGGGCGCCGCCGCCGCCGCCGCCGCCGACUUCCCCUGCACGGCCGCGGCGCAGCGCCCCGAGAGCGGCUUCCUGCCCUACUCGGCCGCCGUGCUGGGCAAGGCCGCCGUGGCCUCGCCCGACCAGCGGGAGGAGGCGCCGCUCACCAGAUAA